GUUCGUACUUGCGCUAAACGUUCCUAAACAAGAUUAGAACGUUGAAUUUUGUUAGAGGUCGAUGGAAAUAGUGAAUAGUGUGGUAGUAAAAUCGAAGAAACCAGAUUUCUACCUAGUAUCGUCGUCUCAACUCAAAUUGUUUAACAACAGCGUGCUCGAUUAUCUUAUGGUGAAGUGUUUCAAUUAUGAUUCAAAGGAAUAAUGUCGGUUCAAUGGAUAUGCCGUGUAACCAAUAUCAACGAGGGUUUACCGAAGCCCUCCAUUACUAGCGAUACGAAAGGUAUCGUACCAUUGGGCAAGCGUAUUAGACUGGUCUGCAGUAUUACUCUUGCUCCAAACAAGAAGAUAGAAAUGACGUGGAAAACCCUUCCAAACUAUCAGCCCGCUGACAAGAAUGAAAGAAUCCAUGUCGGACAAAUGAUUGUCGUGCCGCAUCCGGAAUUGUAUAAUCGAGAUCUUGCAACACGAGAGCUCACCAUCGAAAAUGCUACCUUGGAGGACAAGAGAACCUAUCGGUGUGAAGUGUCUGAUGGGCAGUACAACGUAAAUUAUCACAGCUACAGAGUAAAUGUUCGAGAAACAUCAGAUGACUAUGUGAUACUGAGUGGUAUGAGUCAUAAGGCAGUUAUCAAUCGAAAGCGAAACUCCAACGGAGAAUAUAAACCAAUUGAUAUUUUUGUUAAAUAUCGAUCGUAUCCGACGAACAUAACAUAUUCAUGGACAAGAGACGAUGUAAUGCUGAUAGAUGGCAUUUUGGGCAAAUAUCAAAUGGAACAUACUGAAAAUUAUGUGAGGUUAACCAUAAACGAUCCAACUGUAAAUGAUACGGGUGUGUACACGACUGUGGUAAACGCAGGCUCAGGAACUAAUCAAUUCAGUGUACAAGUUUAUGUACAUGAUAAACCAAGUGUUGUAGUGACAACAUAUAUUUUUUCUUGAGUAACCAUGUCUAGUUUUGUGCCCGAAAAAGAGCUUUCGCGUGGAGCGCCAUUUUUUGACCAUUAAUUUGGAAAAAUCAGCGAUCAAAUCACAUAAAUUGCUUGUAGAGGCCCCUGGUGUGGCAUUGGAAAUCGUUAAUAGAUCCCAGCCAACCAUAAUUUUUUACCGCAAGACCAAAUCGCGCUGAACGUAUGACAAUGGAUGGAUCAGAUGGGUGUCGUCUAUUAUGAGCUGUUUAGCCUUGUAAAACUGUUAGGAAGCCAGUCAAUAAUCAAAAUAUAACGUGCUUUGCGUGAAACAAGACCGAAUUAUUUUCAAGAGACAUGAGAGGAUAAUAUUCCUGCACGACAACGCCCCAUCGCACUCGACAAAAAUAGUCCAUAUUUUAUUGAAUUCAAUAAACUGGACGGUUCUACCUCUCUCCACUAAUUAACUGG